AUACAGUUGAUUCUACUGUUCUAACAGAUUAAGAUCAAUUACUUUAAGGUCAUGCAGGCCUUACCGACAGCCUCAAAGCGAGCUUCAUCCCCAGCAAAAGAGCGAUCCACAGCUAUCAUGAAGUAACGCUCAUGACAAUCCAUGUGAACGACACCUGGAAGCACACAAAUAUGCUUCAAAUUCAUGCUCUUAUGCUGAUCUUUAUGUUUUUAUCAGGUACCUUCAGGGACAGGAUCACAGGACACCAUCACUGACAGGAAGGACAUCAUCCUGCAAGGCAAAACACACAGCAGAGGCAUAUUAAAUGUCUUUCAGCAUCUUCUUCCUUACCCAAAGUAGAAGAAAGGUUCCAUCGUUGCUGGUGAGUGUCUGUGCACUUGCAAACUACACUUAACCAACACAAGUCUAAGGCGUCCUUGCUCAGGUGAGACUUUUUAGCAAAUAAACUAGCCAAUCAGAGGCCCCAGGUCAGAGGGUGACAGUCAUUAGCAAUCAAUCAGUUGUGUCUUGUCAACACCUGCCUUGUCAACACAAGUAUAUUUAUUAUAUACUAGUUAUUAUACUAGUUCUCUGAGCCUGCAUAUGUUUAUGUGUCCACACUGCAGGCGUGUGCUGGUGAAUGCGUUGUGAAUGAGUGACAGCCACUUUAACUUUUCGGGCUAAGUUUAACUUAACUAACUUUAACCAGUGUUGGUGCUCUUAUAUUUUUUGGUGAAAAAAGUGUCAUUUGAAGCCAUUAAGGAUCAAGGUGGUGUGGAGGAUGUGUUGACCUCCAGGCUGAUGAUCAUUUCCUGUUUACAAUACGCAACACUGCAAUGAGGAUAGGCUCCAAACACACAAUGAGUGAAGUUGUCUUACCUCUUGGGGGCAUGUACUACUAUACUGUAUGUGGGCUGCUUUUCAAUGUUUUGUUCAUAACUUCACCCUGAGCAAACACAAUGACCAUUACUUCAAUGUCAACAAUAGAGUGUAUAAUGCUUGUGUAUGUUUAUUGUUCUAUGUGGACUUCUAUUGUUGUGGAUCUGCCCAUGAUUGUGAUAAAUGCCUGCUACUAAAUUAAGGUAAUACAUGGCUGUGAAUUGGGCAGCACGGUGGGCGAGUGGUUAGCGCGCAGGCCUCACAGCAGACAAGGGUUCAAUUCCACCCUCGGCCAUCUCUGUUUGGAGUUUACAUGUUCUCCCUGUGCAUGCGUGGGUUUCCUCCCACAUUCCAAAAACAUGCUAGGUUAAUUGGUGACAAAUUGUCCAUAGGUAUGAAUGUGAGUGUGAAUGGUUGUUUGUCUAUAUGUGCCCUGUGAUUGGCUGGCGACCAGUCCAGGGUGUACCCCCCCCCCCGCAACCCUUGUGAGGAAAAGCGGUAGAAAAUGAAUGAAUGGAUGAAUGAAUAUUCACUCCAUUCUCGUAAAAUUCCCGGCUGUCUUCAUCAUCAACUGUAUUUCAAUUUCUUUCUUUAAUAUUUCAACAUUAUGCUACUAAAAAGAUGUUAUUUUUCCUCAUCAUAUUACUAUGGUACCUUCAUAAAAUUAUGACUUUUUCUCAUUAGAUUACAAAUGUUUUCUCUUAAUACAUUGACUUUAUUGUUGUAAAAUGACUGCAGAUUUUUUCAAUUUUUGCUGUUUUUUUUAAUGAUUACUUUUUUUGUUUAACAAAAUGUGCAAAAAGUCCAAUAAAAAACAGCCGUUGUUCGCAAAUGGCCUCAAGGCCGCACCUUAGACACUCAUGCCUUACAGCAUUGCUUCUCAAUUAUUUUCUGUCAUGCUCCCCCCCUAAGGGACAGGAAUUUCUUCCGGUGUGAUAGCAAUGGCUGCCGUUAGUGUCGACGUCAGUCAGUGAGUGAGUGAAAAAGUGAGGAAAAAGCUGUAGAAAAUGAAUGAAUGGCUGUAAAUUAAUACAAUUUAAUUGACCAAGAAAUUGAAUUGAAGUUGGAGGCAGCCAGGGAAGAAUUUGCUAGCCCUGACUACACAACAUGUAAUGUAAUAUUUAUCCACUGAACUGCACUAUAUCAUACUAACUUACAUAAUUUGGCAUCAGAGAGCUAAAAUAUUACAAUCCUAAAUAUAUUUUGAAACUAAUAUCGUUAUCUGUCACUGUCAGAUUAAAGCAUAAUCCUUUUAAAGGCGGACCUUGCAGUUGUUGUGUCCAGUUAGUGCAUUUGUUUGCUUGCCCGCCCACAUGGACAGAGAGGUGAGGAUGUUCAAAUGAACCCUGACAAGCUUACAACAUAUUAAUAUUAUCCUGUAUGGCGUCAUGUGAUCACUCACUGGACACCCGCAGUCUUUUGCCACCUGAAGUCAAGACUUAUUACGAUUAAAGUCAUCCCGCUGAUCCGUGAGAGGAGACAAAGGAAGUCAGAGGUUGUUCGGUUAGUCAUGAAGGUCAAGAAUCGGCUGGGUGAGUUCAUUCAUGAUAAUAGCUUCACAUGCAGUCAACAAUGGCCUGACAUUUGGAUAAUUGCUCUCCAUGUUUACUCCACUGACUAAAGCUGACGGCAGGAAGGUUGGUGGAGUGUCGGCCUGCUUCAUCGUGUCCAGGCGGUCUCAUUAACAUUUGAGUCACUGUGUGUCACUAACAAAGUGCCACAGCGUGCGAGGCCUCAUGUUGCGCUUGGACACCUUCUGAAGAUGGAGCAGCUAAUUUUGAGUGACAUAACUAAAACAUUUAAUAUUCACUUUUUCAUAAAAAAAAAAAAAAAAACAUAAACAAAACAGAGCUUUGAAUUGUCUAAUUUGGUCAUCGUAUCAAAUCAUCUCCGUUUGGUGACACUUUCUCCAAUACAACUCCGAGCUCCCCCGCAGCCACUUGCCUCAGCCAAUGGCGUGCCAGUGUCAUUUGGAGGAUGAGGAGGAUCUUAGGAUGAAGGAGGCUAUUUAUCAGCUCAUCGCCGCAUUGAUCGUCACACCAGUUGAAGAGUCUUGUGGAGAUGCUUCAGCUGCAGGUGCACAUGCUGCUGCUGGUUCUACUGUCUGGUGGACUGAUGGUGCGGGUCAGUGGCGCACCGAGAGGCGCAGAUCUAUUGGCAGAGACCCUCAGAGCGGACAUGGAACAGGACAAGGCCUUGGCUCGCUCCCUGCUACUGAGGCUCGUCUACCAACUGGCAGCCGGAAGAACCGACACGCUCCCUGAGCUGGCAGGCGAGCUGGGUGUCAGGGUGAUGCGGCGACAACUCCCCGUCUCACAGAGAGAGCGCAAGGCAGGUUGCCGCAACUUCUUCUGGAAGACUUUCACCUCUUGUUGA